AUGACGGCCAACAAAGCCGCGUAUCUCAUCACGCUCAACAGCGUUACCGACGAUCGUAUCCAGCUGAUCGCAGAUGUUUCGGAGCUUGCUCAGGUGGCCAUGUAUCCUUGGAGACCGCUGCAGGAGCACGAAGACGUACUGCUCGCGUUCGCAUAA